AUAUUAACUAUAUAAAUGAAAACCAAUAAAAGAGCCACUAUGGAAAGUGAAUACGAUUAAAAAGAUAUCGUUGUUAUUGAUAAUGGUACUGAUACUAUUAAAGUUGGAAUCUCUGGGGAAGAUUACCCAAGAGUAAUUAUUAAAUCAUAUAAUUUAGCUUAUCUAUGAUAAUAAAUGUGGAUCACACUCUGUUUAGAAUGAUAAUGAUAACCCAAACAAUAAACCAUAACUCUUAUUUGGUCAAGAUUUAAAAAAAGUCAUCAAGGAAAAAAAGUUAAAUGUACAGUUAUCCAAUCCAAUCAAAGAUGGAGUAAAAUCUAUAUAUUUAUUUUAAAUAGAAAAUUGAUAAUGUUGAAUCAAUGAAGGAAUUCUGGUAAUAUAUUCUUGAAGAUGGAUUAUAAAUAUCUGAAUUGCAAUAAGUUAAUUUAUUAAUCAUUGAUCAAGUCAAGAAUACUAAAGAGUACAAAUCAAAACUUGCUGAAGUUUUUUUUGAUUAUCUCAAAGUUUAAUCAGUUUUAUUCAUGAACUCAGCAAGUUUAUCAUUAUUUUCUACUGGACUAGUCAGGUAAACACUUUAAUUACAUUUUUAAGUGGCCUAUCAAUUGAAUUAGGUCAUGCUGUCAAUACUGUUGUUCCAAUUUAUUAAGGAUUCCCAAUCAUGCAUGCUUUAGAAUUUUCUCAUAUCUCUGGAGCGGAAAUAACUUAAUGUUUGGAAAAUGAUCUCAAAACUUAUGAAAUAUCACUUGAUAAAUUUUCAGAAGAAGAAAAAUUGUGGAUUAUAAAAGACAUUAAAGAAAAAAUGUGUUAUAUUGCUAGUGACUAUGAAAUGCAAGUAUUUCAUAUAUUUCCAUAAAAUAGAUAAAUUCAGAAGAUAAUUUCACAGAAGAAGAAAAAAGCUAUGAAUUACCAGAUGAACAAGUCAUUCAUAUAACCCCUAAAAUUAGGUAUCAUUGUUCUGAAGCAUUAUUCGAUUCCGCUAUUGUGAAUAAGAAUAGUUUUUCAUUGCCAUAGAUGAUUGUUAACUCUAUAUAGAGAUGUGAUAAGGAAUUAAGAUAAGAGUUGCUCUCCAAUAUGGUACUUGGAGGCGGCACUUCUAUGUUUUAAGGUCUAAUCUCCAGAUUGCAAGAUGACAUUUGCCAAAUCUAUCCUGGAGGAGCUAUGAGGUCAGAAUUCAACUUUGUUGCUGAUUUCUAAAGAAAAUAUAGUGCUUGGAUUGGGGGAUCUAUGCUUGGAUCACUUAAAACAUUUUAAUCUUUAGCUAUCAACAAACAGGAGUAUGAAGAAAAUCCUGAAGGCAAAAUGUCACUUAUUCAUAAAAGAACAUUUUGA